CUUUUAUAUAAACUUCUCUCGGUCCUCCGCCUAUAUUUCCACCUCAGCAUUUCUCACAGCGGUAGAGAGAGUGUGAGAGAGAGCGCUUGUCGCCGACACAUCGCAAGUGCAGGAGCAAGAACAGCCCAGCAGCCAUGCAGUUGACCUCGUUCAAGGCGCUGGCGCUCGCCGCCGCGCUGCUGCAGACGCCCGCGUCGGGGGCGCCCGUCGUCGAGGGCCACGCCGCGCCCGCCGCGAGCCACGGCCUGCCGGUGGUGUACACGACGACGACGUCGCACGGGCAGGUCGUCGACUGGGUCAAGCCCGAGUCGCAGGGCAGGCUCGCCAAGACGCCGGGCGCGCCGCCACCUCACAGCAGGAUCAGCAAGAUCAUGACGACGGGCGGCGGCGGCCCCACGGGUCACGGGCGCGGCGUGACGCCGAGGAUGGAGCAGCUCCUGCGGGAUCCCGAGAUGAAGGGCCCCGCCGGGACGGUGCCGAUCCUCCGGACCGCGGGAAGACCCACUCUGCCGCCGAAGCGGCUGCCCCACUCCGAGGACAACGGCGCCGGCAUCGCAUCGUCGUCGUCGUCCGGCAACGGCAGCGACAGCAACAUCCACCCGCGGUCCUACGCCGGGACGCACUGGUACGCCAGCUCGAACCAGUACGUGGACAGCCGCGGCGGCAUGGCCACGUUUAGCCUCUUCAGCCCCUUCACGCAGCGCGGGUCCGACUUCUCGCUGAUGCAGACGGCCGUGGUGCGGGGCGGGGCGCCGCACGCCGGCACGGGCCCCAAGGACCAGACGGUCGAGGCCGGGUGGAUCGCGUACCCGGACCAGGUCUCCGGCACGCACCUGUUCGCCUACUACACCACCAACGGGUACAGCGCCGACGGCGACAACGUGGGCGGGUGGAACCGCGACCACGCCGGCUGGGUGCAGGUCGACUCGGCCAUCUACCCGGGCGUCGCCUUCGCGCCCCUGUCCGUCGACGGCGGAACCCAGUACGAGAUGGAGAUUUGCUACCAGCUCAUCGACGGCAACUGGUGGCUGUGGGUGCUCGACCGCUGGGUCGGCUACUACCCGGGCGGCCUCUUCGCCGCGGGAGGCGUCAACGCCGCCGACACGCUCGCCGGCCACUCGGACCGCAUCCACUUCUACGGCGAGAUCUACAACAGCGAGGACGACAUGACCACCACCGACAUGGGCAGCGGCCAGUUCGCAGAGGCCGGCUGGACCCACUCGGCCUACCAGCACAACAUUGUCUACUACGACCUCAACACCAAGCCCUACGACUACGAUGCCGGCAACCUGUUCGUCAUCAGCGACCCGAACCGCUACAGCCUCGUCUCGCACUUCAAGUCGGGCAGCGAGUGGGGCAGCUACAUGUACCUGGGCGGACCGGGUGCCGGCGGGGUCAUUGGCGGGUGAUGGGGCGGCAGAGACUGGACAUGGACAUUAUCGUCAUGAUGGCGGUGGUGGUGGUGUAGGGUGUGAAGAAUGUUGGUGAAGCGGCCGGGGGGAGCGGAGAAUGCAACGCGGGCGACACGGGAGACCACUUUUGCAACUCGGUUAGAAACGGAAUCAGUCGCGAUCUGGUAAAUAUGCCGGCAGUUUUGGCUGUUUAUAACGCAGAUUUAAUACUUUGUACAUGUCAC